AUGAGCAAGCCGGCGGGAUCAACAAGUCGCAUUUUAGACAUCCCUUGCAAAGUGUGUGGGGACCGCAGCUCCGGGAAGCACUAUGGGGUUUACGCCUGCGAUGGGUGCUCGGGAUUUUUCAAGCGGAGCAUCAGGAGGAAUAGGACCUAUGUUUGCAAAUCAGGAAAUCAGGGAGGUUGCCCGGUGGACAAGACGCACAGGAACCAGUGCCGAGCCUGCCGGCUGAAGAAGUGCUUGGAGGUCAACAUGAACAAAGAUGCCGUGCAGCACGAGCGGGGCCCCCGGACGUCGACGAUACGGAAACAGGUGGCUCUCUACUUCCGCGGGCACAAGGAGGAGAGCGGCGGAGCCCCGCACUUCCCCGCUGCCGCCCUGCCGGCACCCGCCUUCUUCACCGCCGUCUCCCAGCUGGAGCCCCACGGCCUGGAGCUGGCCGCUGUCACCGGCACCCCGGAGAGACAGGCUCUGGUGGGCCUGGCACAGCCCACCCCUAAGUACCCACAUGAAGUCAACGGUACCCCUAUGUAUCUCUACGAAGUGGCCACUGAAUCCGUCUGCGAGUCAGCAGCCAGACUUCUGUUCAUGAGCAUCAAGUGGGCCAAAAGUGUCCCAGCCUUCUCCACCUUGUCCCUACAAGACCAGCUGAUGCUUUUGGAAGAUGCUUGGAGAGAACUGUUUGUUCUAGGAAUAGCACAAUGGGCCAUUCCAGUUGAUGCUAACACUCUACUGGCUGUAUCUGGCAUGAACGGUGACAAUACAGAUUCUCAGAAGCUGAAUAAAAUUAUUUCAGAAAUACAGGCUUUACAGGAGGUUGUGGCUAGAUUUAGACAACUUCGGCUAGAUGCUACUGAAUUUGCCUGUCUCAAAUGCAUUGUCACUUUUAAAGCUGUGCCCACACACAGUGGUUCUGAACUGAGGAGUUUCCGAAAUGCUGCUGCCAUAGCAGCCCUUCAAGAUGAAGCCCAGCUCACCCUGAACAGCUACAUUCAUACCAGGUACCCCACGCAACCCUGUCGUUUUGGAAAACUUCUAUUGCUUUUACCAGCUUUACGUUCAAUUAGUCCAUCUACAAUAGAAGAAGUGUUUUUCAAAAAGACCAUUGGGAAUGUACCAAUCACAAGACUGCUUUCAGAUAUGUACAAAUCCAGUGACAUAUAAAUUACCUUAAAAUAAACAAUCAGGAUGGACAGUCUGAGAAGAACUUCUAUCUAUGGAGAAUAAGCCUCAACUAACAAAAUCUACAGGAAGCAUAAGCCUGGGAAUGUUUAGUCCUUAAACUCAUUGACAAAAAAAUACCCCAGUAGAUAUGAUUCUGCUGCUCUGAACAGAGUGAUUUAGAUCAUGGAGAGAAUGCUUUGUUCUAUAGAAAAAGUGAAAGUGGUUGGAAUUUGGCUGCUAUUCCUGUUACUACAGGAUGGAGGCAAUUCAUAUGCCAGUCAUAGUUAACAAAGACUCUGCUAUUCUCUCAUUUAACUGGCAGAUCUGAGACAAAAUGUGAAAGAAGGUACUUUAGGUUGUUCAGUAUUUGGAACCGGGUGACCAAACUUGGCUUCUGUUGUAACACAAGAUGUGGUGGCCUUCAGAAUUGUUUUAAAAGUAGCCUAUGUUGGGAAAGUGUUUUUAAUAUGAUAGGCAACAUUUGAGAUCAAGUUACCAAAACAUUGCUUCUGCUAUAAUACAUCAUGAAGUGGCCUUCAGAACUGAUUAAAAGGUAGCUUAUGACGGCAGCUCCAUUCUUCCUACAAAAUGAACUGGUGAUCUUUGACGUGGAUGUCACCACAAUUUGUUUGGUUAACAUCUCAAAGACAGAAGAGCUUUAUACAUUUCCUCCCCGACCUUCCCUCCUUCUUCUUCCACACACACAGACAUACACUCACACACACAUACACACACACACACCUGAAAAGAGACAACACAAGAAAGGAAGACUAAAACAGCAAAACCAAAUACAAUGGAGAUGACCGCUUCAGUGAUCUGCUGGCUGUCCCGUUGGCACAGUGCUGAAACCAAAGGCAACGGUGGCCAAACUCUUUGUUGAUUAAAUGUGCAGAGAAAUGAAAUGACUAUAAAAAAAUCCAUGGAAGGAAUUUUAUUUCAAAGAAAUAAAGGCUGAUGACUGAUACAAUGCUAACUAUUUCCAAAAGUCUCCAAUGCCUUUUUAGAAAUCUCCAGGUUCUAAUUUUGAAGCCUUGUUCGCCUACACCCUCUCACACACAAGAACGUUAUAAGCUGCUUAUUUGAUGUACGAAAAAUGUAGAAAAAAACCAUUUAAAGAUAGCUGCUGUACUUUUCAAAUUUUGAUUUGUUAUUAGAAACUAGCACUGAGAAAGAUCAGCACUUGAACUAUCAUAGAAUGAGUAAAACUUUUCCUGUACAAAGUGGAUUAACCGAUUUGUGAAGUUAAAAAGUUGUACUCAUUGUAUUUACAAAGAAUAAAAAUAUAUUGAAUUUAAAUUACUUUCCACUGUUCUUUUAACCGUUGUCCUUAAUCAGCUUCUUCCACUGUCUCCUACUUAACAGGGAAUAGAAAUAUUCUUUACUAAAAUGGAUUGCCCUAGAUCCUGUGGAGUUUCCAUCAUCAGAGGUUCUUAAAAACAGGUUACACAAACAUUAACGGAGUAGCUUAGGUGAUCCUGCCUUUGUGAGAUCCUGCAUAGAGCUUUCUGUAACCCAAAUACCAGCUGCAAGGUUUCUUUCUCAAGAAGGUGACAUGUAGCCUUUGCUAGGAUGCAACACCAAGUGCAUCAGAGGUCUACCCCAGUUUGUGCCUUCUGUUGUAUGUUGUUACAGUUUUUAAUAUCGGUGAACUGUGCAGCUAACAAAAGGUGAUGAGCACAAAAGCACUGCUUCAAUUAAAAAAGACUGAGGUUUUAUUAAUGUGUCUAACUGCAUAAUCACACCCAAGAAAGAGGGAAACAACUCCAAAUCAACAUAACAACUUGGCAAUAGUAGGAGGGAAAUGUAUUGUUCACAUGGCAAUGAGUAACUGAAGAACCAUGCAUGCUAAAAUGACAGGUGGAAAUAUACUGUGUGUAUUGGUGGCUCAUUGGUUUGCAAUGCCAAGGAAUACAGGUCACAAGUGAAAUCCUAGAUCUGUUGACUUCCAAGCUCAAAAAUCUCAUAUGUUUCAGAGGUCAAAGUUUUAACCCCAGCUCUCCUCCAUCUGCAGUCUGCUGGGUCUCAUAUUCUAUCUUUUCCAAGACAGACAGACCCUAAAUACACAACAUGAGUCACAGGCUAUGAGACCUCAAAGUAUCUUCCAUACAAACUAGCUUGGAGCACUUAAAAAGGCAUUUACUACAGGGUACAGCACAUUCUUAGAAUGAAAGCAACAUUCUUCCUGCACCUGUAAUCAUUUUCUGCUCUUUACACUAGAAAGAGCCUGAUAGGACAGAAAAAUUAAUUGUGGU